UCUGACGCGGUCGAGAUGGGUCGCCGACCAAUCAAUAGAAUCCGCUCGCGCAACCGAGACCAGUACUGACAGCAUGUCCACGACUCGCAGACAUCCGCCUAUCGCGUAUGGUGGAAGAGAGAUGUGAUAGUACACCGUUUUUGAGUAGGGAAAAUGCAAAGUAUUGCUUAUUCCUUCCCUCUUCACAGGUCAUGACUUGUUCGUCUGUUUUUGCGAUAUAACCUCUGCAAGGUUUCGCUCCGGUUUGAAACUCUUUUUUCCCUUUGAACUUUCUUCUUGACUUCACAUUCCUCAUUCUUGCAUCAGUGCUUUGCUUCGUUGGGGGAGGUGUGUUUUGACAACUUGUGACACAUUCCACGGAGAUCUCUUUCCCUUCUUUACUAUACCAUACACAACAUGGCGACUUCUGCGUAUCAUCUUAGGACGGAUUAUCUGGUCGAGGCGUUUGGAAUCGAUAACCCACGACCGGAGUUCUCUUGGAGACUGGAAGCCACCGAUCCUUCGGACAAACAUGCCGUGGUGUUUCAACAUGCAUAUCGCGUGCAAGUCGCACUCACCGAACAAUUCAAACCCACGACCAUCGUUUGGGAUUCAGAUGUAGUGCGCUCGCAAGAUCAAUCUGGAAUUAUCUAUGCGGGUGGUUUACUCCAAUCUAUCACGAAAUAUUACUGGCGUGUUCAGUUGUUCGACAUGCAUGAUUUUUGCAACGGAUGGAGCAGUGUUGCUACUUUUGAGACUGGAAUCAUGGAUGCGAGACUUUGGAAGGCUAGCUGGAUUACUGGACCUGCUGAGGAUACGGAACAUGCUAUGUAUUUCCGUGGUUGCUUGACCAUACCUUCUGGAGUGUUGAAAGGAAGAGCUUUCGUUACUGCACUCGGUUGGUAUAGGUUAUUCGUCAAUGGAUCUGAUUUGACUGGAAACUGCUGUGUACCGCGCUGGACGCCGUUGAAUUCUGCAGUCGAAUAUCAGGAUUACGAUAUCACGGAACAUCUUCGUCCAGGACUGAAUCAUUUCAGUGUUGUGGUUGGAGAUGGGCGAUGGAGAGGAAGUCUUGGUCUCCGCGAUACGAGAGCGAAGCAUCAUGAUCCUGUUGCUGCUUUUGUUCAGGUCAACAUCAACUUCAAAGAUGGAAACAGGAUUGCUUAUGGAAGUUCUGAAGAAUGGCUUGCUGGAACUGGCGCUAUUAUCCGCUCGGAUCCUAAGCUAGGCGAGGAGCACGAUUUACGCAUCAGCAGCGAUGAGUGGUUGGGCAGUGUGGCACCUACACCUCCUCACGUGCAAGGCUCUCGCUGGACUCCCGCUCGUAUUCUACCAACACCUCAAUCUCGAAAAUUGAUUGCGGAAGAAACACCACGGACAAAAGAGAUUGCCCGACUACGACCGAAAGGAAUCCUACGUUCACCUACCGGCAAGCAAAUCUUCGACUUUGGCCAAAAUAUCGCUGGCUUUGUGGUUGCCAAACUCAAAGGCAGGGAAGGCACGAAAGUCACGAUUACGUACUCUGAAUCAGUUGGCCCGGAUGGAGAACUGGACUUGGACUAUGCUCUGCCCAUCGAUGGAAAAGCACAACGUGAUUCUUGCAUCCUUGGCGGAAAAGACACUUAUUUCCAACCCUGGUUUACUCGUCAUGGUUUCCGCUAUGCUGAGAUCUCUGGCUGUGAUGAUGUAGGCUUCAACGAUAUCAAAGCCCUCAUCGUCUCCGCCGAUCUACCGGAAACCGGAUCAUUCACCUGUUCAGACUGGCGACUGGAAAGAUGGAGAGGCAAUGCUUUACGCUCCAUGCGAGGAAACUUCGCAGAUGUUAUUACCGAUUGUCCUACCCGUGAGCGAUUAUGCUGGAUGGGUGAUCUUCAAGCCAUUUCUCCUACUUCGACCAUGUUCUUGGAUACCCAGACAUAUCUCCGUCGCACUUUGAGGAAUAUCUCGCUCGAACAAUUGCCUGAUGGUACUGUCCCUCCUUUCCUCCCCGGCGAAUGCGCACAAGUCUACAAAGGUCUCUGGUGGCCCAUGUCUCUGAUUACCACCUCGGUCGGCUGGGGCGACGCCUGCGUGCUCGUGCCCUGGACACUAUACCAAUACUACGGCGACUUGUCGGUGCUCAAACGCCAAUACACAUCCAUGAAACGCAAAGUCGAGCAAAUGACCCGCGACGCCCGCUCCGGCAAAGGAGGCUAUGGCAAAUACUUCAAAGGCUGCAAAAAAGAACAUGAACCCUACAUCUUGGAUUCAGACAAGAUGUGGGGUGAAUGGCUGGAGCCGGGUAGUGGUAUGUGGGGGCUCUUCAAGUCUUUGAUGAUUCCUAGUCCCAAUACCGCUACUGCGUAUUUUGCUCACAAUGCUGCUGUGUUGAGUAAAGCUGCUGAAGCUUUGGGGUAUCAUGUCGAUGCGGAACAUUACUCUGCACUCUCCGAACGCGUUAGGGAGGCAUGGCGAGCUGCGUUUGUAUACGCCGACGACAGAAUCGGCGAUGACAAACAAGACGACUACGUCCGCGCCCUCGCCUUCAACCUGAUCGAGCCCGCCUCAAGACCAGCCACCAUAGCCCGCCUGGUGGAAAUAAUCACCGACAGCGAUUUCCACUUCGGCACUACAUUGCUCAACACAGCCAUGCUGCUCACCGUGCUCUCCGACAACGGCCGCGCCGAUAUAGCAUACAACCUACUCCUCCAAAACUCCUGCCACUCCUUCCUCAAUCAAAUCGAGCAGGGCGCCACCACGUGCUGGGAAACCUGGACCGGCUACGACGAACAGGGAAGAGCAAAAGGCAGCCACAAUCACGUCGCCACGGGCGCUUGCACACGCUGGCUCCAAGAAGGUAUCCUAGGAAUCACACCCCUCGAACCCGGCUACCGCAAGAUAAAAAUCCGCCCGCUGGUGGGUGGAGGUCUGGAUCACGCGUCGGGUGGCAUAGAAACACCGUAUGGGUUUUGCAAAAGCACUUGGAGGGUCGUGGUCAGUACUUCGAUGAUCCAAUUAGGCGUUACCAUUCCCGCAGGCGCGUCGGGGGAGAUCCAUCUGGGGGAUGGGAGUGUGCAUGAUGUGCCUGCCGGCACGCACUUUUUCGAGUGGCAGGGUGGGGUCUCGUUGUUCACGCCCGGUGGCUUGGAUGUGGAGAAUAUUCUGCAAGACCGCACCAGUGUUGCCAGUCCGCCGACGCGGAGGAAUUUCGCUCAGGCCAGUCCGCCGCAGAGUCCGUUGAGUGGACCGGCUAUUUCUCCAUUGAGUAUGGCUGGUGCUGCACUUGGAUUUGGAGCUGCAUCUGAAGUUGCAAAGGCCUUGGUUAACCAAAAUGGUCAAUCGAUGCCAUCGCCCUCGCCCUCACUAUCAGCAGGAAGUGGCAAAAGAAUCGACUCGGUGAGCUCGAUGAGGGAUGUGGCCAAACCACAACGCGGAAGUUUCGUAUUACCCAAGAACGGCGGGAUCAUGAGUUGGCCGCCCAGCGCAGCCACUUGAUCUUCUUCCUCAUACCUGAAUUCCGCACGGAGGGAAUGGGCAGAGGUGGUGGGUUUUCUUUUCCAUUUACCUUUCUCAUUAGCAUUUUUCGUUGGGUUUGGGACUGGGGUUGUUGUUUCAUCAAAGGGGGCGAGGGCUGGUUCCUUUUGUCCUUUCUUUUUUCUCGUUUGGCAUCUUCGGUUACUCAUAUAGACUAUUCUUAAUCAAUCUCUUCCUACCA